AUGUCAGCCUCACAACCUCGCCAGACCUUGCAGCUACCCCCAAUUAUCCUUGGAGGCUCUGGCUUCAGCUACCAAGUGAAUCCAGAUCCGAAAAGUGUGCCUAUCUCGAAAAUCAUUCGCUACGCGUUCGAUGUCGGCAUCAGAGCAAUCGACACUUCGCCCUACUAUGAUCCCUCCGAGCACCUUCUUGGGGAGGCACUUGCCAGUCCUGAGGUGACAAGCAGGUAUUCAAGGAGUGACUAUAUCCUUAUGACCAAAGUCGGCAGAAUUUCAGUCGACAAGUUCGACUACUCGCCAGACUGGAUACGAAAGUCUGUUCAUACUUCCUUGGAACGACUGGGAACUACAUAUCUCGAUGCCGUAUUUUGCCACGACAUUGAAUUUGUUACGAUACCCGAAGCGAUUGAAGCAGUAGGUGCACUUUUCAAAUUGUCGAAAAAGGGACUGGUGAGAUAUGUGGGAGUAUCCGGCUACGAUCUCGACCGUCUUGUAUACGUCGCUCACGCCGUACGGAAAACGUACGGUCGACCUUUAGACAUUGUCCAGAAUUGGGCACAGUUGACAAUGCAAAACACCCGCCUUGAGAGAUACGGCAUACCAGCUUUGAAAGAAGCCGAAGUCCCAGUCAUCUGCAACUCCAGCCCCCUUGCGUCCGGUCUGCUUCGAGCCAGCGGUGUCCCUCUGGGAACACUAGGAGACUGGCACCCUUCUCCCAACGGCCUUCGCGCUGCUGUGAAGAGAGCCUCCGACUGGGCUGAAACGCAAGACACGACUCUGGCGGGCCUUGCGUUGCGAUUCUCUGUAGCGAGAGCAACCCGAGCAUCGCAAAAUGGCAUUUCUGUUCACACGAUCUUUGGAAUUUGUUCAAUCAAUGACAUAGAAGAGAACGUACGCGCUGUGAGAUCCAUUCUACUGCCCGAAGUAACAACGGGUGAUAGAACCAAGGAUGGGAAUGUGAAUGUCUUGAUUCUGAAACCCGUCAACGAGGCGGUCGAGCAGAGGGAUCUAGUGCUCUCUCGGACAGUACGCCAGAUAUUGGGCGACUGGGCAGAAUAUGAUUUCAACAAGGGGCAGACCCAGAAAAAUGCCAUAUCUUGGUGGCCAGGCAUAUCUGCGGGUAUUUCAGCCAGCAUUUUGGUGAUCGGCAUGUCCUUCUUGUUGUUCAGCCGGACUCCGCUGUAUCUGUUCUUUAAAAAUGUGCGCUCAUACGUAUCUUAUGUUAGUAGAAGGUAA